UCUCCUCUCUUCCCACCGUACACGGAUCAUAUAUAUAUAUAUAUAUAUACACACACAUGCUCUGGAACGGCUUCUUCGAUAGUUCCACCACCACGGUUACUUCCAUAUAUUUCCCUUGGAUUGGAUCGGCGCUCAAACGAAUAACAAUCCGGUAACUAAUGGAGUCUUCACGAGGGAAGCUGUCUGCCGCCGGCGUCCUCCUGCUGCUGCUGAUGACACUCCUCGUGGUGGCCGCCAUGCAGGCGGUUGAGGCACGCGACUGCCUGACACAGAGCACCCGGUUACCGGGGCAUCUGUGCGUGCGGUCGGACUACUGCGCGAUCGGGUGCAGGGAGGAGGGCAAGGGCUACACGGGCGGCAGGUGCCGCAUCUCUCCCGUCCCGCUCGACGGGAUUCUCUGCUACUGCGUCAAGCCUUGCCCAUCCACCACGACAGAAUGAUGAGACAAGUGCGGUGCCGGUGGGUGUAGUGCAGGCUGGUCGAGGGUUAUUAGUUUGAGGAAUUACUGCUAGAGAUGGCAAUGGAGACCCGAUCCCCGAUUCCCCGCGGGGAAUUCCCCUAUUAGGGGACGGG